CGGUUGAGCCCCGCCGUGCAGACCCGCUUAGACUAUGGCCUUAUGGGAAAUGUAGUCUCGUGCAGAGUUGGGGGAAAACACAGCGCGAGAAAUGGUUGGCUGUAAGGACUCACAGGUGCAAACUACUUUGGAAAUCGUGUCAUUGAAAAUGUUUGUUUGUUUGUUUGUUUGUUUAUUUAUUUAUUUAUUUACUUAAUAUGACAUAGGAACCAAGGGGGAAAAAGCCAGGGGUACAGGUGUAGACAAAAAACUCCACAGCAUUCUGUGACAAUAAACAAAACAAACGAACAAACAAAUAAAUAAAAAAUAAACUAAAAAAAAUAAAGUAAAUAAAUGAAAAUGGGUUAGGUUUUCAGAAUGUGACAAAAUGUGGAAUACCCGAGGUAUGAUAUACACAGGGCGGUUAAAUGGUCGAAUCUGAUUGGUCAGUAUUGGUGUGUCUGAUCUGCGUAAGAUAGCACGUCUCGGACAGUAAGUAGUUCCGGUUGUAAAUGUAAACGAUGGGUUGAUAUCAAUGCGCUCAUUCAAAAAACGUUCUUGUCUAUGUAGUAACCGCCUCACACACAGUAACAUCAGUGCCUGACCUCACAAAUGCGCUUCUAGAGGAAUGGUCAAUAAUUCCCAUAAACACACUCCUAAACCUUGUGGAAAGCCUUCCCAGAAGAGUUGAAGCCGUUAUAGCUGCAAAGGGAAGGCUAACUCCAUAUCACAUUCAAGUGCAUGUAAAGGCAGACUUACCAAAACCUUUGGCAAUAUAGUGUAUAUUGUGUCUAAAAUGUCAGUAAACAGAAAGCGGUCAUCCCCAAACUGUUCCCACAAAGUUGGGAGCAUGAAAUUGUCCAUAAUGUCUUGGUAUGCUGAAGCAUUAAGAGUUCCUUUCACUGGAACUAAGGGGCCAAGCCCAACCCCUGAAUUCAAUGAUUUGGAAGGGUGUCCCAAAACUUUUGGCAAUAUAGUGUAUGAGAAUUGCACUGCAAGGACCUCUCUAAUUUCGCUGUACUCAGUAGAGUGACAAUAAAAUAGUCUUGAAUCUGAAUAAUAAUAAUAAUAAUAAUAAUUGCAUUUAUUUUAUUUUAUUCUAUUUAAUAUUUCACAACUCUUUUCUCGUAUUGUGGAAUUAACAUGCUUACUCAGCAGAUAGCAGUUAGCAUUUGGUUCCCAUUUGCUUAUUUUUUUUUAGAAACCAUGUUCAGUAUUUUAAUAGUCAGCACUGUUCCCAAAAUGUUCUGGGAACUUUUCUAUAACAACUGACAAGGAACCGUCGCCAAUCUUUGUUUUAACUUACUAUUUUUGUAACUAACCUUCAGUGAACAUUCCUGAAAUUUUUCAUGUUGUCAUAACAUGAUGUUUGCAAAAUAGAGAUAACCCUAACUACAAAUUAAUGUUACAAGAAUGUUAAAAUUUUCAGUUUUGUAAGUAAGUUUGUUUUUGUAUGAUUCUUUUCUGUUGCUUAACAAGUAAGAGAGAGAGAAAGAAACAGUGGAGCCAUGUUACACUAAGAGCAUUAAGAGUUCCUUUCACUGGAACUAAGAGGCCAAGCCCAACCCCUGAAAAACAACACCUGAAAUCAAUGAUUUUGGCAAUAUAGUGUAACAUGGCUCCACUGUUUCUUUCUCUCUCUUUUUCUUGUUAAGUUGUUAUAGAAAAGUUCCCAGAGCAUUUUGGGAACAGUGCUGACUAUUAAAAAAAAUCAAGGCAAGGUCCAUAAAGACAUGAAUGAAAGCGUUUGGUGUGGAGGAACUUGACUGGCCUGCACAGAGUCCCGACCUCAAUCUGAUAGAACACCUUUGGGAUGAAUUAGAGCGGAGACUGCGAGCCAGGCCUUCUCGUCCAACAUCGGUGCUUGACCUCACAAAUGCGCUUCUAGUGGAACGUUCAGAAAUUCCCAUGAACACACUCCUAAACCUUGUGGAAAGCCUUUGAGUUGAAGCUGUUAUAACUGCAAAGGGUGGGUCAACUUCAUAUUACAUUCAUGUCCGUUUAAAGGCAGACGUCUCAGUUUUGGCCUGGUUUGCAGUCUCCGCUCUAAUUCAUCCCAAAGGUGUUCUAUCGGGUUAAGGUCAGGACUCCUUUCACUGGAACUAAGGGGCCAAGCCCGACCCCUGAAUUCAAUGAUUUGGAGGGGUGUCCCAAAACUUUUGCCAAUAUAUUGUAUCUGUGUCUGUCUAUGUUAAACUCCAGUACACCAGGGGGCAAUAUGCUGAAUAAAGUCAUAUCUUAAUGAAUCCCAGAGUAAACGAAGAACACAGAAACAAUAUAUUGAGAAUUUUGGUCCAAAUACAGUAACAAAAAAAAAAAGAAAGUUUAAUGUUUUAUUCGUUAAUUAUUUGUUAAUUAUUUGUUAGACCUUCAUCUGAAGCUAAGUGGACUAUAAACGGUACAUAACCUGCUUGGUUGCUGGAGUUUAUUCACUUUCAGACUGCACGCUCUGGAGCGCUCAUAAUGCUGUCAGAGGUACUACAGGGAACGGAACCGGGAGGAUUCGUUAUUAUUCGAGACACCGCGUGUUAUUCUGGACGACGUCUGCUUAAGUAUUACAUAAACUGCGCCUUAAAGAGAGGAGAAGCUGUCCAUGUGUUGGGGUUUGAAGUUCCUGAGCAUGAGUUGUGUGCUAAACUGGACAGCAGUUGCUUGAAUUUGUUUCACUUUCACAAUGCAUACACCGACCCUCUGGGCUGGACCAAGCAGUCGUCGUUCACAGUGCAGCACUUCAGUGCAACAGGCGUCACACAACUACUUCAGGAGACACAACAUGCCAAAACUUCAGUACUUGUCAUUGACUCUUUGUCUUUCAUUGUAAGACAUCAUGACCCUGUUGUCGUCUGUCAGGAACUUCAAAAGCUCAGGAAAGCAGGAGGCUCUGUAAGGAUGAUUUUUGGUCUCCUACACAUGGAUCUUCAUCAGCAAGGUGUUUUGGGAGCUCUAAGCCACUUAGCAUGCACUGUAAUUUCUGUUACACCUGGGAACAUUGCACGCUAUGCUGUGGCCAACACAUCACAACGUAAAAAAUCUGGAAAGGUUAUGCAGAAGGAGGAGUUUUUCACUUUAACAGAGGACUUGACAUUAUCAAUAGAAACUAAACCCAACCAGUCUGGAAAGGCUCAAGCAGACCUGCACACUGAGUCGGAGGUGGAUCCAAUGUCAAAUUUGACUUUUAAUCUUCGUUUGUCUGAGGUUGAAAGAGAGGCGAAGGAAAAAGUUGCUCUACCCUUUGUCUUCAGUGAAAAAAAAAAGUCUGCUCUCUUGAGCCAAGGCAGAGGUUCUGGACGCAUUAUGUAUGAACCUGAUGCCAACGAUGACUUUGAUGAAGAAGACCCAGAUGAUGAUCUUGAUGUCUAAAAGGUCUCUUUUGAACAUUGUUAGAGAUUCCAAGCGUUCCCUGAAGUCUGAGCUCCAAUGUUUUAAAUAAAAAUCUUCAGUACUGUCUAUUCAAAGGGACUGUUAAUUAAAAAAAAUCAGACAGUUUUAUAAAGGUUUUUUCCCUGAAUUGACAGGAUUUUCAUAAAUACCAAAUUACUUGUGUAAUAUUUUUGUUAUUUGACAUACACUGGUCAGAUUGCUUGACCAGCCAUUUAAAUCAUGUGCUGAAUAAAACAGCCUAAUGUCUAACUUGUAAUUCUUUAUCGCUUUAAUUUUUUUUGUAUAUUGCAUUGCAUAUUCUGUCAUCACAUGUCGAGUAGAGAUACACUUUCUUUUCUACAUGAGUCACUUUGUGAGUUUUAUUUAUUUAUUUUAUUAAUGCUUGAACAGCAAAAACAACAAAAGUGCCAGGGGUAUACACAGAAAGAUAUAAAUAAAUAACUAUUAACUAUACAUGUGUAUAUAUAAAACCUUAACAUAACUUAAAUGUACUAAAUAAAUACACAAUUUUUACA